AUGGCACGCGACACCGUUAAACCACCUGCGACACCUGUAUUGGCACGAAAGAUCAUGGUGGUGGCUGAGCCCACACGCGAGUCAGCAUCCGCUCUCCAAUAUGCUCUUGCCCAUGCAGUUGUAGAGGAGGACACCCUCAUUCUUUUGCACCUCGAUAGUCCUAACAUGUGGAAGAAUCCCCUCGUUACCCUUUUUAAAAGGACCCCUUCUACAACCGCUAGUUCCUUUGCAUCCGCCACCUCCCUCAUGAUGGACAUGAGCAAGUUAGGCGUGGGAGGUGGCGUGGGAGGUAGUUGUGGAGGUGGAGGUGGAGGCGGCGGAGGCGGAGGUGGAGGCGGCGGAGGCGGAGGCAGUGGUGGAGGAGGAGGUAGUGGAUGUGGCGGUUAUGGUGGUGGUGGAGGAACGGGAGGAGUAGGAGUAGGAGGAACAAUAGGGGGAGGAGGAGAGGUUGAUUUCAUCGACGUUUUAAAGCAAGUAUGCGAAAAGGCUCAACCGAAACUCAAAGUGCAAGUCGAGAAGGUGGUAGUCAUGGAUCCGAGGGAUAAACCAAACUUAAUCCUUCACCAUAGCACGUAUCACUCCGUGGAUCUACUUGUCAUAGGCCAAAGGAGAAGUCUAUCAAAUGAUAUAUUAAGGUAACAAGUCAAAAAUUUCAUAAUAAUAUUUAGUUCUAUCUAAAAUGAUAUUUAUUUGUGUAAAUAAUU